AUGGAGCCAUCUUUCCAAGGCAACCAAUUCUUUCCCGGUACAGCUGCCUACAAUCGCGCCAACAACAUCUACGCCACCUCUACCUACGGCACAUCCAACAAGUCGUCAACCGCUGCCAAAACGGGCAAGCCUCUUGCCAUCAGAUCUGGCGGUCAUCAAUACAGUGGUGCAUCUUCAACUGGCUCCCAGGGUAUUCAGCUAGACUUGAAGCCUACCUUUCGCCGGCCCAACAUUGAUCUUAAUAUCCUGCAGGAGAAUGGCAAAGUGUACCUUCGCUCUAGUUUCAGCUGGCAACUGACCGAAAUCUUUGACUUUCUUAAAGAUAACGGCGUUUUUAUGCCAACUGGACAGCGUUCUACCGUCUGUCUUGGUGGACACGUUCAGAUCGGCGGUUAUGGCAUGCUUGCACGAUCAUUCGGUCUUCUUGGAGAUUGGGUUCGUGAGCUUGAAACUGUCGACUAUAAAGGCGAUGUAGUCAAGGUUACCAAAGAGUCCCACCCAGAUCUCUUCUACGGGUUUCUCGGUGGCAGUCCCGGCAACCUUGGUGUCCUGACACACUUCAAGAUUGGAGUUCAGGAUGACAAGGAUCAUCAGGGCUCCAAGGGUCUUUGGGCUGGUUUCGCUUACAAGGAGGAGACGCUCGAAGCUCUACUCGAUAUUCUUGUGCAGAAGGGAGAGGAUUCCAAGUUGCCUCGGGGCUAUGAUUUUACGGUCAACAUUGUCAGCAGACAGGCUAAUCUUUUGGAUCUUUUCCAGGGUUCUGAGGACGAGCUUAAGCAGUAA